AAAAUCGCUAUCCAGACGACAACACAGCAAAAAAUGUUAUCGCAGACAGUUUCUCAUCUUUGUUAUUUUCAUGGACUUAGGUGCAAGUGAAAUUUACAGUAGCGGACGAAAACGCGUGACGUCUCCUGUCAUGUUGAUAGCUAAAGCUGUGUAUGGCUAUGUCAAGUAACCACAAUAAUUAAAACAUGUCACGUAACUUCUGCUGAGUCUAAAAAAAUGUUGAGAUUAGUACGUGCCUCGUACCUGAAAAGUUCUGGAGCGGUAUAUUUUCGUACGAAUUGUAUGAAAUGUAAAGAGGACGGUAGGACUGAAUUUUCUGUAAAGUUGGCCGAUGGGCCAUCGCUUGAUGAUUUUGUUUUGGGAACCAAAGAGCCUUAUGAGGGCAAAUUGAAAUUAGAAAAGGGUGAAAAGACUCGCCUCCGCCUUCCGCCGUGGUUGAAAACAGAAAUCCCCAUAGGUACAAAUUACAGCCAGCUAAAAUCACAACUACGAAAGCUGAACUUAAGCACUGUAUGUGAAGAGGCACGAUGCCCUAAUAUUGGAGAAUGUUGGGGAGGAGGUGAACAUGGCACUGCAACUGCUACUAUCAUGUUAAUGGGAGAUACCUGCACCCGAGGUUGUCGGUUUUGUUCUGUAAAAACUUCUAGAGCCCCGCAACCCCCAAAUCGGGAUGAACCAGUUAAUACUGCAACUGCUAUUGCAGAUUGGGGAUUGGACUAUGUUGUUUUGACAUCGGUUGAUCGAGAUGAUAUGGCAGAUGGAGGAGCAGGUCACAUAGCUGCCACUGUUGUAGAAAUCAAAAAAAGACGGGCAGAUAUACUUGUGGAAUGUUUGGUUCCUGACUUCAGAGGAGAUCAAGAAUCCAUCAGGAAGAUUGUGGAAUCAAAAUUAGAUGUGUUUGCCCACAAUAUCGAAACUGUGGAACGACUUACACCUUACGUUCGAGACAGGCGAGCUCACUAUAGACAGUCGCUGAGUGUUCUAGAAGGUGCUAAAAAGUGCAACCCUAACUUGAUAACCAAAUCUUCAAUCAUGUUGGGAUUGGGUGAGAUGGAUCAAGAAAUUGAACAAGCUAUGAGAGAUUUGCGUACAGCUGGAGUUGAUGCUCUGACUCUUGGGCAAUACAUGCAACCAACAAAACGUCAUUUGAAAGUUGUAGAAUAUGUCACACCGGAGCAAUUUAGAAUAUGGGAAAACAUAGGAAAUGAAUUGGGUUUUCUGUACACCGCAAGUGGUCCAUUAGUACGUUCUUCGUAUAAGGCUGGGGAAUUUUUUUUGACGAAUAUCUUGAAGUCACGACGGGCGAAUGAUGUUCAAAAAAAUGCAUCAACGUAGUCAUCAAAUCGUACCUAAAUUCGUUGUAUGUGUAGAAUGUAAUAGAAGAAUAAUUACUGCUAAUACUUAAAUAUGUACAGGAAUCGAAUGCAACGGCGUGUUUGAUGAAUCUCAUUCACCAAAUUAUAAAUUUCAGGAUUGCUGCAAAAUUGUUAUUAA